AUGUGGGGAGUAUGGAUGAUACAGGAGGUGAGUAUCUUUACGAAUGCUGAAGAAGAAGAAGAAUUGGGGGAUGAGACUGUGAAGAUGAAUGGUAGACAGGCUGAUGCUGUUACAAGACAUAAUGGCAAUGCUGAGGGAAGUCAGAUUUCGGCCACGCCACGUCGUAUACACAGUACUAUGUUUCAUACAUGGAACAUGUAA